AUGACAAAAAAGUGCUCCUCAAAAUCAAGCAAUCCUUUAACAACCCCUACCACUUGGCCUCAUGGGAUCCGGACACCGAUUGUUGCCGUUGGUACGCGGUGGAUUGUGACCCCAAAACCAAUCAAAAAAGUGCUCCUCAAACUCAAGCAAUCCUUUAACAACCCCUACCACUUGGCCUCGUGGGAUCCGGACACCGAUUGUUGCCGUUGGUACGCUGUGGAUUGUGACCCCAAAACCAAUCGUGUCAAUGAUCUUCACCUCGUCUCAGCUAAUCUCUCCGGUCAAAUCCCGGAAGAAAUUGCCGAUCUCCCUUAUCUUGAAACUCUAAUCUUCCAUAAAAUCACAAAUCUCACUGGAAAUAUUCCUACAUCCAUUGUCAAGCUGUCUAAGCUCACAAAUCUUAUUAUCAGCUGGACUAAUGUAUCUGGCCAUAUCCCUUCAUUUCUUAGCCAACUCAAAAACUUAUCGUUUCUUGACUUGUCCUUCAACAAUUUUUCCGGUUCAAUCCCUUCAUCACUAUCCCAACUCCGAAACCUCAGUGGUCUUCGCUUGGAUCGCAACAAACUCACAGGAAGUAUCCCCAAGUCAUUUGGGAAUUUGACCCCUAGUCUUCAAUAUCUUUAUCUCUCCCACAACCAGUUCACAGGCACAAUUCCAAGGGGAUGGGGUGACUUAAACUUCACUCUGAUCGAGUUACAAAGAAACAAGCUCGAAGGUGACGUAUCAUCAUUGUUGGGUAAAAACAAGACCAUAAUAUAUCUUGACCUCAACAGGAACAUGUUGCAGUUUGAUAUUUCCGAAGUGGAGUUUCCGUACAGCUUAACAUUCUUGGACUUGAACCAUAAUAGGAUCAUAGGGAGUCUUCCGGAAGGAUUAACUCAGUUGAGAUUGGAUGGCUUGAACGUGAGUUACAACAGACUCUGCGGUCCAAUUCCGAAAGGUGGGAGAUUGCAAGACUUGGAAUACACAUCGUAUUUUCACAACAGAUGCUUGUGUGGGGCGCCAUUGCCGGAUUGCAAAUGA